UUGUAUAGUGACUAAUAGGACAAAAAACACAUUUCUUUACAAAAUUACAACUCAUACGUUAUUUGGCAUGUAUAAAUAUUUUGAGUUGAUUAGUCAUCGGUUGAAAUUAGAAAAUCUGUAUACAGGUAAAUUUUAUUCUCGAGAACUUGGCAAGAUUUAUAUUUUGGCACUCGAUUAGAUAAUUAAUUCCGAAUUCUGCAAUGCGCACGAAUACCGUUCUCGACCAUUCAGUCGUGCAGAUGCCAAAAAAAGUAUACAUGUUUCCUUUUCUCUCCAAGUUCUUCAAUCCGCAAUUUCGGUAUUUAGCUAAGUUCACGGCGUACGACGUGUAGUUUUUGACAGAAAUAAACACAUCUGACAUACCGUCAGAGUGACGUAAGUUACGUUUGUAUUCGGUGCAGUAAAAUUCGUAAUCGUUGCUCGGAUUUGAAUGCAUUAUGUGGCGGCACGUGAAAAGUUAAUACCGGAUAUCUAAAAAAAUCAAAAGUUCUUUAUAAUCGCCAACUACCACAAUCGUCUCAUAAUCAUAGUACAAUGAGUUCACGAUGACAAUAUUGUUGACCUGUUUUUAAAUCGACAAAACUACAUAAAGUUAUCAUUAUUAUUGUUAUUAUUAUGGAGAAAAGAAAAAGUCCUAUGGCAUCAAAGAUUAAUAAACUCAAGGGAAAUGUUGCAAACACUAGCGAUUCAGAUGCUAGUGCUGAUACUAAUAGUUUAAGUGCUGAAAGUACUAAUGUGGAACAACAGAUUCAGCAGGCUCCUAAACCACCUGCUAGAAAAAAGGGACAUCGUCGAAGUUCUGAAUGGGAAAUUAUGGAGGGAUUAAAAGAAGGACAAAAAUGUGAGAAGAAACCAGUGAAAUUUUAUGGGUAUUUACAUAAGAAACGUAAAUGGCCUUUAAAAGGAUGGCAUAAGAGAUAUUUUAUUUUAGACGAAGGUAUUCUUGUAUAUGGAAAAGGUCCGUCGGAAAUAAAUCGUGGAAAAAUCCAUGGUUCCUUAGACAUAGGCCUAUCUGUUAUUUCCAGUAAAACAAAGCGACGUCGAAUCGAUAUCGACGCUGAAGAGUUCAUUUAUCACCUAAAAGCGAAAACGGAGGAGAUAUUUUUAUCUUGGGUUCAACAACUAACAAGCCACAGGUUGUAUCGACAGCAUGUCCUUACUUAUGGCAAAGGAUAUGUUAAUUCUAACACAGACGAUCGAAAUUUACCUUUAACCCCAGAAAUAGUUAGUCGAGAUGGAAGUUUAACAAGAGGUUUAAAGCCUAUUGGUAGCGCUCGGCUUGCCACUUGGUUACAUGAUUCGGGUCCCAUCAUUGAUCAGAUUCAACGAGAUUUAGGAAUCGUUGAAGUUAACAUUGCUCAGUUAAAGAGGUUGUGUGAAAAUAGAGAUAGUCAAUUUGGUGUAAAUACAUGUGGUUUAGGUGAAACGGAAUCUUUAGGAGAAGGACUAUCCCCUAGUAUUAAAAAAAGCAAAAAGUUUGGGCUAAAAAAGAAAAAAUCUAAUAAAGGAGGUAGCGUCGAUUUGACGAUGUCUUUUAAUAAAUCUAUGGUGAUUGAUCCUGAUAUAUCGCCUCUUUCUAAUAAUUCUACGUUAGGCGUUGUUAUACCACAAACACCAACAAUUUCGAAUCCAGUUUCGAAUAAUACUUCUUCAAUGUCUUUUACAACUGCAACUCUCUGUUUACCAACGGAAAAUUGUAAUGUUGAUAGAUAUUCUUGUGGUAUAGUUGACAAUCAAAGUAGAUCUGACUUUGUAGUCUUAGCUAAAAAUGUUGUUUCCGUUUUGAAAAAUAUUGCAGCUUCAUUAGGAACUGAAAGGGACCGUUUAAAAACGGCCAUCGAAUUGGAAUCGAGUGUGCAAAAUAUGUCUAUGGGUGUUAGUCCAGCUGUUGUAGCCAGUUUAAAAGCUAGUUUACAGCAAGCGCUUCAACAAAACACGGAAUUGAAAAAUCGUCUUACUAAAGUCCACGAUGUUUCUGAUGUGAAUGAUUUGUCCGCGUUGGAACCCGUUUCUGAAGGUCGUCCCUUCAACAAUUCCCUGAGUUACAGCUCUUCUUGUAUGAGCGGUAGUGAAUUUUUCGAUGCGGAAGAUUUGGCCUACGAUAAGCACAUCAUCGAGACUGGUGAUGAAAUUCAAGUUGAAGAUUUGGAAGCCGAAAUACGAACCCGCGGUUCGGACAGUAGCAGCGAAGCAGGAUCGUUAACGAGCGGCGAAGGAAGUAUUAGUUCCGGGUCCGAUUUAGGUCACGAAUUUAACCAAGCUAAUAAUUUAUCGGAAAUUGAAGGGAAAAGUUAUGGUUUAACAGGGCGGAGAACAGAAUUGGCAGCUCCACGACCUGACACAGAAGGUUUAUCUUUAUGGAAUCUUCUUUGUAAAAAUAUAGGAAAAGAUUUAUCUCAAAUAAGUAUGCCAGUGGCCCUAAACGAGCCAUUGAACAUGCUUCAAAGGCUUUGUGAAGAUUUAGAGUAUUCAGAACUCUUAGAUAAAGCUGCAGAAAUAGAUGAUCCAUAUGAACGUAUGGUUCACGUUGCCGCAUUCGCCGUUUCCGCUUACGCAAGUUCUUUAACUCGCGCUGGAAAUAAACCGUUUAAUCCUUUACUAGGUGAAACGUACGAGUGUACACGUGAAGAUAAGGGAUUUCGAUUUAUAGCUGAACAAGUGUCUCACCAUCCACCGAUUAGUGCUUGCCACGCGGAAAGUAGAAAUUUUACUUUUUGGCAAGAAGCCAGAAUUAAAACGAAGUUUUGGGGUAAAAGUAUGGAGUUUCAACCAAUGGGAAAAGUUUACGUUAUGUUACCAAAAACUGGAGAUUUGUAUUCCUGGAAUAAAGUAACUACAUGCGUACACAAUCUUUUUAGUAGCCAGAGAUGGGUAGAUCAAUACGGAGAAUUAUACAUCACUAACGGAAGAAUUUCAUGUAAAAUAACAUUUUCAAAAGCUAGUUAUUGGUCUGCUAAAAGACACGAAAUUCUUGGAGCCGUCUAUGAUGAAAACGGCGAUCAAAUCUAUAAAUUAUCUGGUAAAUGGUCUGAGGCGUUAUAUUGUGGUGUAGCCCCAGCUGCAAAAUGCAUUUGGAGGGCGGGAACUUUACCUCCAAACCAUGACCGUUAUUAUGGUUUCACAAGAUUUGCUCUUGAACUGAACGAAUUGGGUCCAGAGGGACACCUUUUGCCCCCAACCGAUACAAGAUUACGUCCUGAUCAAAGAGCGUUAGAAAACGGGGAUUUAAAGAAGGCGGAAAGUUUGAAGAUGCAGCUAGAAACAGCGCAACGCGAACGACGUAAAAGACGAGAGGAAUUAAGAAGUCACUACGAACCACUUUGGUUCUCACAUAAAAAGGAUGAUAAAGAAGAUAUAUGGGAGUAUAACGGAAAAUAUUGGGAGGUGAGGAAAAAUAAAGGUUUCGGGAAUAUUUCGUUUGAACCAUUGUGGUAAGUAAAAAAAAAAUAUAUAAAAGAUAACGUCGCAGCUAAUCAAUAACAAAAAAUAAGUGAACGGUACCUAGAAAUUUUGAAUCACUUUGUAAUUUUAAUUAAAAAAUAAAUCGGGCGUUAUUCUAAUGGGUAGAAAUGUUAUUGUGGAUUAUUAUUCUUUUGUAUUUGCGAGAGGGAAGUUGACAAAUAAAAUAAUAAUAAAAGAAUAAGAAUAUAAUAAAGUGUUUUUUAGAUAGAAACUUUUUAAUCAGCUUCUCUCUCUCGCUAAUAUAUAAAUUUUAAAUAAUGCGUGAUAGAUGCUUUAUACAGGUGAUUUGUGGAAAAUUAAUUGAGCGAUUUUCAAAAUAUAUUGCUAAUAAAAAUCAAUAUGUAAUUUUAAUCCUUUAAUUAGUAUACUUUUUUCAUAAAAUAAAUUUGUAAUAAUCACUCAAAAAUCGUUCGAUAUUAUCGGAAGGAUAUGGAUAAAAAUAAUUGUAAAACCAAAUGUAAGUGGAGUUCAUUGUCGAAGAUUAGGCAGAUAGAUCUCGAAAUUGUGAUUGAUGGUCUACUCCAUUUGUAAUAAAUAAUUGUUCUAAUUCUAUUCAUAACACCUGAAAAUUAAUAAUAAAUGAAUCAAAAGAAUGUAAGGUCUAUAAUAAUCCAGAAAUCUUUACUGGAAUUAUAGCAUAACUUACUAUAUUGUGCUUUUGGCUUUUGUGGAUCCUUUUUACAAUUUUAUUGUAGUAAUUGUAGUAACAACAUGGUGCACACAACUUCGUUGAAAAAGAAUGAAAGAUACCACUACGACAUAGAAGCAACAUUUACAGUAUAAGUUCAUUUUCAGACUUUUCUUGGAAAGUAGCGCUGAGUAAUAAGAAUGUUGCAACAUGAUUUGACUUGUAAAACUUAAAUUAGUUUAAAUUUUAUCGAUCUUAUCCUAUUUAACUAACACUAAAAUUAUGAUACUUUACAUAGGAGGAAUGUGAACUUUGGAAUAUUUCAAUAUUACGCCCAUAUAAUUAACUACAUUACGUAAUGGCAAGCAAUAAGUCAGUAUGAAUAAUUGAAUUUGUCCAAAGAAGCUUUUCCCCGUGUCACAAAAGGUAUCUAUAAACAUAAUAAUAUUGGAGAGUUCGUUGUGAAGAGAGAGAAUCUACUUUAAUGUUACUUACAACCUGCUGAAUCUGGUGGUCGUUUCUUUUGAUCCUGAAUUAUUGUUGGAAGAUAAAGCAUGUUUAAGACACUCAUGAAUUUCCAACAAUUUAAUAUCUCUAUCUCUCUUUUUUCAGUUAAAUGUUUUCUGACAAUCUUCCCCGUGCACGAAUGUUGUCCACAUUUCCUUAUUGCUAAAAUUAACUUUCUGUACAUUUUUUCCUCUAUUAGCGAUUAUCUUGUUUAUUACCUUGUCCCAAGUGUCUCGCGAUCUUCCUCUCUUUCCACUCCCUUACUUUCUAGCCAACCAGAUGCAUUCUUGUAGCUGUCACUACCAACUAAGCUCUAUAAAAUCGUUGAAAGUUUGCAAUAUUUUAUUCUUUCCUUAUGGCAUCAUUCCUAAUCUUGUCUCUUCGCAACCCUACAAUCUACUUUUUUUUCUUUUCGUUAGCACCCACCCACGUUUCAGUAUAAAUUGUCAAGCUAAUGGCUUGUUCGAAAUAUUUCUUAAUUAUAUUAAUGGCAUAUCUGGUUCAAACAUAGAAAAUAGAAUUUUAUCAUUAAUGAGGUGAUCUUAAUUUCGUAUUCGUGGACAUUGAAUUCUUUCAUAGUGUGGAAUAGUGGUGUAAGAUAGAAAACAUCUAUUUAUUUAUUCUAUAUCUAUUUAUUUAUUCUUCUAUAACACAGAAUACUUUGUAAACAGCGACUCAUUUGAGUAUAGAGACUAUCAAUUAUACUGAAAAACUUUAAGUCAAAUUAAUUUAGUUAUAAAAUAUUUUUAUCAGGUUAGCAGCAAUUUUAUUACAUUAUUAGAAUUGUUUUGUGGGUUUUUCGAAUUAAUAAUACUCCUAGAAAUGUACAUAUACAAUAAAUUAUAUAUGGGAAAAUGAAUUCUGUGGCCCCAGGUAGUUUUCAGCCGGACAUUGUGAGUUUUUAUAAGUCUGCUUAUUAAUUUUAAACACUUUAUUUACCUUUUUAUAACCGACGACUCCUUGUGGCUUAACACUGUGCGGCAGAGGUUACCACAGAUUUUAUGCUUAUAAUUAAUCUCUCCAUUUUAACAUUAUCAUUUUGACGAGCGAUUUCCUUUUUGUUACUUCUGCUGUAUUUCUUGUUUGGUUUAAAGCUUUAUCAGCAUAAAGAGUUAUCUCAAAGUACAAAUAUGGUUGCAUUACUUCAAUAACUACUUAUUGCGUAGUAAUUAUUUAGUUAUUAUUAGUAGGGAUUAUUUUUAAACCUAAUAACAAGAUAUAUUUUCCACAAAUCACCUGAGAUUAUUUUUUUGAAUAUCGAUUAUAAAACAUUUAAUAAUUACUGAUUUUUAUGAAUCUCGCGAAAACUUGUUACGUAAAUGUGGACGAUGUGAAAGCUCUAUAAUAAAAUUUAAAAAGAGAAUAAAAAAUAUAAUAAAGUCAAUUUAUUGAAGAUUUCGAAAAAUAUAUUUAAAAAAGUGUAAUAUUAAAAAAAAAAGAUUUGUAGGGCCUAUAUAUAUAUAUAUAUACCUAAUUUAUAUUGUUGUAUACAAGUAUCCUAAAAGAAGAGUGAAACUUUACAUGCAAAUAAAACUUAACUGAGAGGUUGAUAUAAAUCGCCUCUUAUCGGAUAGUUUCUUUUUUUGAAAUUUUGAUUUAUUCAAGUAUUUUAGAUAGGCAAAUAUUUAAUGUAAUGUUUAAUUUAUUAAUUUUCGUUCCCAAAUUGGAACUACUUUCCGCUAUUACGAUUAAAAAGCAAUUUAAAAAAAACCUUGUGCAUUUUUGUAAUGUUAGUUUAUUUUUUAAACUACUAUUAUAAUGUAUAAGAAAAAACAAAGCUUGAAAAAUAUUAUUCCAUUUUUAACUAGCAAGAUAUCGGUUUUUCCUUACAGUCAUGUUGAUUGAAUCAUCAAAAAAUGAAAUGUAUUAAUUUAAGUUAUAAUAACAUUUUUAACAUUAGAUUGGUUUCUUACUUUUUUUCUUUCUUAAUUAAAAGCUGUACUAUCGAAUUUAUUACAAAUUGUUAAAUAAGUAUAAAUAAAUAAUAAUCGCAAAAACUGUUACUAGAAGCUAUUAAAUAAUACAAAGAACUGACGCAGGAAAUGAGAAUAAUGUGUAUAAUGUAAGUACAUUUUACAAAAGAAAUAUUUUACGACUUUUUCCAUUUUUAUUUUCCUGCUUUUGCCAUCCUAUUUUUUUAAAUUUCAGUUCUAUUUUUAACAUCAACUCAACAUUCUUUGUACGAUUCCAUUUUACACCUUGUUAUUAUUAUACCUACACUUUAUCGAUAUCGAAUAGUAGAUUUAUGUACUAUUUUUAACGUGUUUGAAUAGCUACUUUAAAGAAUUAUUUCUUUUUAUCCAAUAGGUUUGUCUGGUUUUUAUUCUUUUUUUUUUUGUAAAUGCGUAACCAGUACUUUGUCUGUGAUUAAAGUUAUUGUUAUUAAUAAAUUAUUGGGCUGAA